AUGGCGGCCGGCCGCCGGCAGACAGCAAAGACCCCGGAAGAAGAUCAGAGAACCUUCUCUGAUACCAUGUUAGAAAGAGCCUUUGCUCACUAUACAACAGGCAAGGCUCCUUACCAUUUGCGUGUUCAUGUUGCUGCUAAUAGGAAAUGGCGUACCCUGAAAUUUCAGUUUUUUGUCACCAAAGGCAUUCUGUUUAUUUUUUUGUCUGUUAAGCUUGUCAUUGCAUCACUAACAUAUUUGGUUUAUUUAAUUGAUGGUUAUCAACAAUAUUGGCUUCGUCUUCUUUGGGGUUUUGAUAGUGAAAUGAGCUUUUACUACAUAUGUGGAGCUCUAUUAUUUUUCAUACCACUUGGCUUAUCUGGGUGCUUCAUUACUUGUUAUGACCGAAGAGUUCGCAAUGACUUAGCUCAACCUUGUAGAGAGUUAUGUCUUUGUUGCUGUCAACCUGGAGUUUAUGCAGACUGUCAUUUGCCUGACACUCUUUGUAUGUGGACUGAUUGCACCACUUGCUUUGAGAGUUGGGGAACCAUGGAAAUUGAAUGUGCUGGCUGUUUGGGGGGUGCUGGUGAAGCAGGGCUACCAUUAGUCAUAUUGUCGAGUAUGUUUUUGGAGUUGUAA